CUGCCUGCCAUUUCCCUCUGCCCUCCCCUUUGCCUGCAGCCACAAAGAAGUUAGGUACCGAACAGCUUGACUAGAGAGUGUCAAGAAAAGUCCCCACCCCAGGAAAUCUAAUCUAAUUUCACAUUUCAGUGGUGGAAAGCCUUGUUUACACAGGGAACUGGUGAGCGACGGCCUUGAUCUUGGAGUCAUGUAUACAGCAAUCCCCAAAAGCGGCUCUGUCUUUGACACUUCGGCGAAAGAACCAGGACUGCACAUCUGGCGUGUGGAGAAAAUGAAGCCAGUUGCUGUUCCAGAUGAGAUGAAAGGCAUAUUCUAUUCUGGCGAUUCGUACCUUGUCCUUUAUAAUGGACCGGAUGGGCAUUCCAACCUGCAUAUUUGGAUUGGUCAAAACUCCUCCAGAGAUGAGCAGGGAGCCUGUGCUUUGCUCUCCACCCACCUCAACUCCAUCCCAAAAGAGAAACCAAUUCAGUAUCGGGAAGCGCAAGGCAAUGAAUCAGAUGUCUUCAUGGAGUACUUUCCCCAUGGCAUCAAAUACCAGGAAGGUGGUGUGGAGUCAGCCUUUACCAGAACCCAGGCCAACCAUGAGCAAAGCCCCAGGCAUCAACUCUAUCAAGUGAAAGGAAAAAAGAAUAUCCGGGCUGUGGAAAGAGAGCUGAGCUGGACCAGUUUUAAUACGGGUGAUUGCUUCAUCCUGGACCUGGGAGAGAAAAUCUUUACCUGGUAUGGAGAAAAGUCAAACAUUCUGGAGCGCAACAAAGCUCGAGAUUUUGCAACAGCAAUCCGAGACGCUGAGAGAAAGGGCAAAGCCAGAGUGGAGAUAGUUGUGGACGGGGAAGAACCAGCUGAGAUGACAGCGGUACUGGGUCCGAAGCCGGUUCUGAAAGAAGGCACUGCUGAGGAAGAUAUUGUGGCUGAUCAGAAGAAUGCUAUUGCAGCAGUAUUGUAUAAGGUCUCUGACAUGACGGGGAAAAUGAGUCUGACUAAAGUCUCCGAAUCCAGUCCAUUCCACCAGGACCAGCUCAUUACAGAUGACUGUUUCAUCCUGGACAACUGGCAGUAUGGAAAGAUCUUUGUUUGGAAAGGCCUCAAAGCAAAUGAACAAGAACAACAAGCGGCUCUGAGAGUAGCAGAAAAUUUCAUCUCACAAAUGAAAUAUCCUCAGAACACUCAGGUACAGAUCCUGCCCCAAGGCCGUGAAAGUCUGCUCUUCAAACAAUUCUUUACAAACUGGAAGUGAAAGCUGGAGUCUCCACCUUAUGCUGGCAAUACUCUGUGACUGUGCCUUUCUGCCCCAUCAACAAUUCAAGCCUUAUUAAAUUGGAGCCACUGUGUC